CGCGCAUUUACCAGCUCACUAUUUGAGAAUACAUCCAGCGCCUGGCUUCGCCUCAAAAUUACUGAUAAACUCAUCAGCAUCGCACGAUACACCAAUAAUACAGCUUAAGUUCUCAUUUCUCAAAGGGACAUUGAUGCAUUUCCCGAGCCGGUGACCGUUUUUCUUGGAUUCUCAUUCCCCUCCUGCGCGCAUCCUGAGGUUUGUCCACGCUUGUAAGAUGGCCGAGCUCAAUUUGGGGAAGGGGCUGACUGCGGGGAAAGUGGCCAGCAACGUUCAGAAGAAGCUCACCAGAGCACAAGAGAAGGUUCUACAGAAGCUUGGCAAAGCAGACGAGACCAAAGACGUUGCUUUCGAGGAGGGAGUGAUAAACUUCAACAAGCAAUAUACUGAAGGUAGCAAACUCCAGCGGGACCUCAGGGCAUACCUGGAGGCCGUGAAAGCCAUGCACGAGUCCUCAAAGAACUUGCAGUCAUGUCUGGCUGACAUGUACGAGCACGAGUGGUAUGGGAAGAACGAAGUCGAUUCCAUCGUGGAGGACUGUGAUGUGCUUUGGACUGACUACCACCAGAAGUUGGUCGACCAUGCCCUCAUCUCCAUGGAUACCUACUUGGGACAGUUUCCUGACAUCAAGGCUCGUAUUGCCAAGAGGGAUAGAAAGUUGGUAGAUUACGACAGCGCUAGACACAACUAUGCCACCACGCAUAAGUCUAAGAAAAAGGACGGAGGUAUUAAAAUCACUAAGCCCUCCUCUUUGUUGGAGAGGGCGACCCCUGGCUGGGCUCAAGGCAUCCUGUCUGCGCAUAAUGUUGCCCAGAGCAGCUUGUCCAGGAGCCAGGCUGAAGAGGAGUUGGAGAGAGCUCAGAAGGUGUUUGAGGAGAUUAAUAUUGACUUACAGGAAGAAUUGCCGUCACUCUGGAACAGUCGUGUUGGGUUUUACGUCAGCACAUUCCAGAGUUUGGCAGGUUUUGAGGAGAAGUUUCACAAGGAAAUGAGCCGAUUGGAUCAGGAUUUAUAUGAUGUCUUGGAGAAACUUGAAGAAACAGACACAAGCAGAAAGACAGGUAACCGCAGCGCCUUAUCGUCAGGAGCAAAUAGGAGCGGCAUCGAUGACUCCAACCACACUCUUAAACCAGGAGGACCACCCCCAAUUCCAAAAUCGCCGUCCAAGCUAAAGCCAGCAGUGCCUCCUCCACCCAAGGUGACCCCUUCCAAGGAGAUGAAAGCAGAAAAUAUCGUCAGUUUGUUUGAUUCUGCACAAACUCCUGAUAUUAGUGUCACCUCCCCGACAGAGUUUGACAGUUCUGUAGCCAUCAGCCUUUGGGACAUGGCCCCGGACACAUUCAAUGGAGAAGCCAAAGCAUCCGUGAUCAUACAGCCAGCAAACUGGGACUCCUGGCCUGAGGACAGCAGUGCCCAGGAAGAAGAGCCCGCCCACAUGCACUAUGACCCCGUGGCAGCUGCUACGGAGGCCUGGGGGGAUGACGGUACACAGCCUGUCCGUUAUGAUCCAAUAGCCGCGGCUACAGAAGGCUGGGGUGAUGACGGAACCCAACCAGUUCACUACGAUCCUAAUGAGGAAUGGGGCGAUGAUGCGGCCCAGCCAGCUUAUGACGAACCUGUGGCUGAAGCCCAGGAGAAUGCUGUCGUGGACGAGGGACAGCCGGUCACAGAGGAGCCGACUGCGGAGGAUGCAACAAGUCCUGUCGAGACUCCGGUUGACGUUUGCGAAGGGGAAGCUCCCCCUGCUGCAGCUAAUGAAGAGGAUCAGGGAGCGGAAGCUCAGGAAGAAGCACCUGCAGAAGCAGCAGCAGCAGAAGAAGAAGAAACAGUAUCCGAGGAGGUGAAUACACCUGUGGUAAAUGAAGAACCAAUAGCGACAGCAGCAGAGGAAGACGCGGAGUCACCAGGCAUGCCCCCUGGAUUUUUGUUUAAGGUCCAGGUGAUGCAUGACUAUGCAGCCAACGACACUGACGAACUUGAGAUGAAGGCAGGAGAUGUGGUGCUAGUAAUUCCCUUUGACAACCCAGAGGAACAGGAUGACGGCUGGUUGAUGGGAAUGAAACAAGAAGAUUGGAUGCAGAAAAAGGAGAAUGCCACCAAAGGAGUAUUCCCUGAGAACUUCACCCAGAGGCUGUGAAAGAUCUUUAUCACGCAACAGUUUUCUUCAUCACUUCUCCUAUCUCAUCCCACCUCCUGUCUUAUUACCUGGACUUUGCCCAUAGAAGCAGAGCUGUCACACCCCUUGCUGAAAUUGCCCAUUAUCUGAUUUCUGCUGCUCAGGCGGAACUUCUGCAAAAAAACAAAAACAAACAAAAGUUAUAGAAAUGACAGCCAUUUUAAUCAAGGAGCCGCAUCUUACUGUGCUUUCGUUGAGGGACUGGUAACAGAAUCCUGGUCUCAUGCAGGAUAAAUACAGCUGUGGCUCCCUCUGCAAUGACUGACUGUUUCCGAAGAUGGAGACGAUCGCAAGUCGGAAAUUGACGAUGGAUAAGCCAUGUCUGUGCUUCAAAAAAAAAAAAAAAAAGUAUCAGGUCUGACGCGGCCACACAGUCUGAAAUCUACAUAACAUAAAACCUCUCGGUUGCUACAAUAUCAAACCAUAGGGAGAAGUUUAUUAUAGCCGCUUAUGAAAUCAACAAUAACGAUAAAGUGGCAACCUGGAAGUUAUGUGCAAUGUUAAGAGUUGUGUGUUUUCUGUCUGUGAAGCUGUAAAUGUACAGUAUGUCCAGGGUGGGGAAAGAGUUAGUGAUUUUCUUCCAGCUGUAUUUGCUGCUAUUGUUUUGGCAACUCUCGUAUUGGCAGAUAUCUAAAUUCAGGUAACAGGAUCGGAUCGGGAGUGACAAAAUGUGAAUCGGUGCGUCCGUAGCUGUCACAUGACAUUUCAACAUGAAUCAUCUCUCUUCUUACACAUGAAGGCUAUAACAGAGUACCGCGUUUAUGAACCUAAUCUCUGUUCUAGUAUGUUUUUGACACAUGUAGCAAGUGCGUUGUGAAACUGAAAUGUCAUGAAGAGGUUUUUCAAGAAGGGCAAAGCGUCACUCACAGAUUCCAUUAUUUGUUAUCACCUGAUCAGAAUUCAGUUGAAUUGAUUCUUAAUUCCCACUCAACAUAGGCCCCUGGGUGUUGUAUUCGUUAGUUUCCCAUGCUUUAACAGUGUUGUUAGCAUCAAGUCGAUUAUUAUGCAUUAAACUAUCAACACAAUAGUCUCAUAAUGCAGCAUUAAGAGGAGUCAAAAUAGAAGAUUGAAACAAUUUACUCAGAAAUAUGCAUUGCCGAAAAGCUUGCCACAAUCUGCACCAAUGAGAAGCUGCUACUGGUACUAAAAUAGUCAGGCAGACCUAGUUACACUCUAAUCAAACAUAUUCUAACUGAGCCAGAUUCAUUCAUUAUAAAAGAUGCGCUGACAUCAACUCCUCCCUUUUGCAUCAAGAUGACUUUGCUGAAAAAGGCAAAUGUUUCCAAAUAUGCACCAGAGCUACUAGUUUUAUUUUUGUAUGCUGCCAAGCAAUGACAACAUAUAGCCUCUCGUGGUCAACAUAUUUGCCAACUGAGGAUGCAAUUGAGUAUUUUGUAUUUACGUCAGGUUCUCUGCUCUGGACAUGGUCCGAAUACACAAACUCAAAAAAGGAUUUAUCACAUUGUUCAUGUAUUGAAAUGAAAGUGAGCAUUUAUGUGUGUGAUGGUGUGAUUGUGCGUGCGUUUGGCAACAGAAAUUCUUCAUCCAUAGCGGACAAUUGGGAAGAUAUUCUGACACGUACUGUAUUACAGGUUCCAGAUGUUAUUGUGCAUUUGUUGUGUAUAAGUGUAAUUUUGCCAAGUGAUGACAUAUUCUAUAAAGACAUUCAUAUC